AUGGGGGGAUUACCCAUGGGUAUGACAUCUGGAAAUGUUAACAAUAGUAUGGGAUUACCCAUGGGCAUGAACAUGCCGCUAUCUAUGCCUAGUCUGCAGUCUUCUACCUCGAAUGGUCUUGCGCCUAUUCAUGGCGGCGGCCGCACAAAUUCCCUCAUGGGCGUUAACUCGCCAAUGUUUCCAAGCUUGGGCAGUACUACUCCCACGACAGCUUCGAGUGCUGCAACGGCUACUACUAUUGCUGCCAAGGACAAGAAGACUACGAAGAAACGCAAGGCUCCAAGUUCUAAUGCUGAUGCCGAGUCAGGGGACGACGGCGGCCGGAAACAACCCGAGGAGUAUGAAGAUCCGAAAGCCAAGCGACGUGCGCAGAUUGCAAAGGCUGCUCGUAAACAUCGACAGCGUCAGAAAGACGAGCUCAUUGCCCUGCGUUCCAAGGUGAAAGAUCUGAAGGAGCAGAUUGAGGUGCUACAGUCGUCUGAGCCAUCCGAACACAACACGGAGCUUGGCUGGAAGCAGGAAGCCGAGCAACAUGCGGAGAUUCGCGCUCGUGUAGACCAGGAGAAUGAUUUUCUACGCAAGACUCUGAUGGAGCAGAUGAAGUUUAUUCAGCGACUGCAGGAUUAUUUCACAAAGCAGCCGCUGCUUAAUAUGCCUUCAUUAGACAUGAUUCUGAACUCGUCAUCGUCGGGUGUUACCACUCCGUCUGCACUGUCAAGCACCAUCUCGGCAGUGCCCUCAGUCCUUCAGCUACAGUCGGGGUCGUUUCGUGAGCGGCUCAUUGAUUUAGCUUCGGAGGCUAUGGCGAAUGCUGACAAACAGCUCACGGCGUGCGAGACCGCCUUCCGCAACCCGAAGACGUCCACUAUGACAUACUUUGGUCUGGAAGUUCAAUAUGAAAUAGGCAAGAACGAAAUGGGCAUUUUCUUCCGCCAUCACCUCUACGGUUGCAAUGCAAACGUUUUGAUGAAUGAUCUCUGGUCGAUCAUUGGUGACGAAAACUACGAGAAGGGCUUUGCAUUUACGGAGACAGCUGGGGUUUUGGAAGAAAUCGACCCGAACACGAAGUACAUUCGCCGAGUGGUGAACCUGACUAUGUCCAGCGACGCUGCGGUUGGCGGAGGCGUGAUGAAGGAGGAGAGUUUGACCAUCAACCAGAAGCGUGAUAACCCAGACGGCAGUUCGUCAUUGAUCUCGCAGUCCGUUAUGAACGACCCCAACUAUCCCAGAUCGGCCGAUUACAUUCGCCGGGACGUCGCCGCUGCGGUGUUAUUGAAAAACUUUAGCGAUGCAACGGGUCAAGGAAGCCUGUUGCUGUGGUCUGUGAAAGUUGAGCUAGACAAGGAUCCGGAAGAGCGUACCAAGAGCUAUAACAACCCGGACAUUAUCUUGAAGAAUCUUUUUGAAAUCGCACCCGUGUACGUGAAAGGUAUUGUGGAUCGAGCGCGUGGAACGUUGCCCCAAGGUUAA